AUGUUUGGCUAUUCGUCACGAACAACAAUUGGCGACACUGAAGAAUUAGAAUCAGAUGACGAUGGAGAUGAUAAAGAUGAGAAUGUGAAUAGUGAUGGAGAAGAUGAACUUUAUGAUGAGUUAUUAAAUUUUGGAAACGAUGAUUACAACGAUGAAGAAGGGAUACUAAAUUCAACAAGAUUAAAUUUUGAUGGAAUAAAAAUUGUUGAUAGUAUUAAUCCUAUGCUGAAACACUCGUAUUUUAAGAUCAAUAUAAAUGAUAAAAUUAAAUAUCUUCACAAACAAUCAGCUUGCUGGCUAUUAUCCAACACAAUAACAAGAUUAUCAAGUGAUCGUUUAUCUCGGGUCAUGCAACAAACAAUUAAUAUUAGUUCAUAA